AUGAUUCAAGAGUCUGAACGAGCCGAAGUUGAAGAAGAAGAGACUGAUAAUGAUGAGGAAAGAAUCAGUUAUCUGAAAUCGUUUAUUAGUCGUAUGAUGAAUGCUCCAAUGAAAGAAAAAUCAAAAGCAGAAGUUGAUAUAAGUGUUACUCCAGAAGAGAUUAGAAUUAUUUCCAAUUAUGCGGCCGCCUCGUUUGCAUCGUUGAAUACAUUGAUGAGAGUUGAUGAGAGUUGUCUUCCGAUUCAUGUUGUUGGAGAUUUACACGGACAUUUUAAUGAUUUGAGGAAUAUUUUCACAAAACACGGCGCACCCGGACUCUCCCACUACGUUUUCCUCGGAGACUAUGUGGAUCGUGGACGUCAAGGAGUGGAGACAGUGAUGCUUCUGAUGGCUUACCACUGUCUCUAUCCAGAACAUCUCUUCUUGUGUCGUGGAAACCACGAGGACUACAACACCACAAUGACAUAUGGAUUCUAUGAUGAGUGUCACUUGAAGUAUGAAAAGAAGGGAUUUCUGGUUUGGCUUCAUAUCAUCAACGCGUUCAACCAUUUGCCAUUUGCUGCACUCAUUUUUGGAAGGGUUUUGUGUAUGCACGGAGGGAUUUCACCUCAUAUUAAGACACUUGACGAUAUUGAUAGUAUCCAACGUCCAACUUUCAUUCCAUCAUUCGGUUUGGCGUGCGACUUGGUUUGGUCGGAUCCCGAGACGACUACAAACGUCGGUUGGUCUCUAUCGGCACGUGGAAUCUCGUUCUCUUUCGAUGACGUUACUAUCGAGAAGUUUUGUCAGGAUAAUGGAGUUGAUUUGAUUGUCAGAGCCCAUCAGAUUUCUAGUGAAAUGGUGACAGGAGGUCACAGAUGGCAUGCAAAUGGACGUAUGGUCACAAUUUUUUCAGCUGCAAACUACUUGGGUAUGGGAAACGACACGUGUGUUCUUCGUAUUGAUGAACAGAAAACAGUUCAAUUUAGUCUUCUCCGUCCUGUCAAGAAGAGUCGUAAGCACUGA